CGCACGCAGCUUCAGUCUGGAGUCGCUACGACGAGACCGCAAUGAAGAGAUAAAUAUAAGGCUUAUGUAGGCUAUUUAUUCUAAAGUGUUGGUGGUGUGAGUGUGAGACACCUGAGGGAGGUCAGCAGGUGAGCAGAGCUGCUGAUGAGCCUCUCUGAUCUAAAGGGCUGCCUGGGAGAAAAAUGGAUGAGACCUGCCACUAGCGCUUGAUGAAGAUUUCGAUUGGCUCCUCAAACUGAAGAAUGGAGGGCAGCGACGAUGUGUCUGUAAACAUGACACAGUCCCAGACUGAUGUGUGCAGCGCUGAGGUGGGAGGAAGAGAAACCCCCAGUAAAGUGGAGGACGGAGUCAAUCCACUCAUUCCUGCUGAUUCCUGUGGCAGCAGCGCGACAGGACUGAGCAAAGGAGGGUUGUCUAACCUGGUGGAGCCUCCGGCACCGUCGGUGGUGAGUCCCAACGCUGAAUCUCCGGGAGGUGUGGCGCUUAAAGUCGCCACGACUGUGCUACACCCAGUGUGCCUGGGAGACAGCCCGCUGAUGCUGCCCAUCCACCUCCAGAUGGCUGGAGCAGCCGGGUCUCAGCUCGGCCAAAUGGGGGCAGCACCGUACUUGAUAACAAGCCAAAGCCCAGUUUCACUUCCCCUGGUCUUGGAUCAGCAGGUCCUCCAGCACAUGAGCCCCUCUGUGAUUCCUCAAACCACUAACUGCCCUCAGCUGCCGCUCCAGAACAACGUCUUGUGUCAGAACCCUUUGACGUUUGGUUUACCUCCAGCCGUCGACCAGAAGACAGCAGGACAGACGCAGGAGGCUAAUCUGCUCUCUCUGCUGCAGAAUCCAGCGUUUGCGGCCAUCUUGCAGGAUCUCUUUCCUUCUCAGGCAGGUUCAUCCACCUGCCAGUCACCGGGCUCCACGUUCUUCCCACUGCCUCCCCUUACACCUCCCUACACCUCCCCUCUGGCCCCGCUAGUCCCUCCUGCCACACUUCUAGUUCCCUACCCUGUCAUCAUCCCCCUGCCAGUGCCUCUGCCCAUCCCUCUUCCCAUCCCCAUCCCUGUCCCUCAGACUGAGGACUCAAAGGGGAACAUGCCAAAACCAGUUUGCACUGUGAGCAAAAGCACUCAGACUUCUGCAAAAGAUACUACCUCUCCUAUGCUGUCUUCACGCAGAUGCAUGCCAUCAUUCCAGCCACAAAAUGUCUCCCCGUCCUCACUUCCUCUAGAUGAAGGACAGGCUCUGGACCUUUCUGUCAGAGCAUGUCCGGUAGAACUAAAACAGGAAUACCCCAGUCCGCAGCAGGACAGUGUGCUUGACCUGUCAGUGCCUGCUGUGAGGAAAAAGUGUGUUCAGUCAGACAGAGAAGUAGCGUUCCACUCUGGUCAAGAUAGUAGCAGCACGUCUUUGUCUCUGGGUGUCGAAUGCACUCAGAGUUUAGAUUCCAAACUCCUGGGCAGUCUGGCUUCACUGGAGUUCAGCCGUCAGCACAAGUGGGUGGUUGACAGCAGUGCUGGUGGGUCUAGUUCUCAGCAGGCGUCUCUGAGCGGAGCAGGAAACCUCGAGAUAGUCAGCGCCUCGCAGACGGCCAAGGUCAUCGUCUCGGUGAAGGACGCCAUCCCCGCUAUCCUCUGCGGGAAGAUUAAAGGCCUUUCAGGAGUCUCCACCAAGAACUUUUCCAUCAAACGGGACGGAAGCCAAGGGGCGUCUCUGCAGCAGCUGUACGCAGUGCCGUCUGCCUCACACGGGGAGCAGCACGACCCCAACAACCCGCAUAAAAAGGUCCCCAAGAACAGAGCUAUCAAACUGAAGAAGGUCAGCUCACAGGAGAUCCAUUUCCUUCCCAUGAAGAAGCAGAGACUUGCAGCGCUGCUCCCCAGGAAGUGAAAGUGCUCAGUGGAGGGGGAUUAAUUGCUUGGUCCACUCUCUGGUAAUCCCUCCAGAGCGUCUAACAUAAAACACAUGUGAGGACAUUCUGUAAUCAAACUCAUACACUUACACGUCCAAUCAGAGUUUGGCUCCUAUAAACUGAGGCUCAUGAAUGUCUGAGUGUGACACAGUCGUUACAGAAAUGCUUUCCAGUGGAGUUUUCUGACUUGCUGUGUUUUUUAUAAUGCACUACGCUCCAGUGUUAUACUAAACCAGAGAUGUUUUGUGUAUGGCAGCUUAAUGGGCUCUCCAUGUGGCUUUGGAGAUUGUCUUUAUGAAUCGGAGAUGUUGAGGAACAUUUUUGACUUUAUAAUUACAGCAAAGACACAUGGGUUCCAUUUUUCCAUUUGGGCUCACGGUUUGUUUCCAUGUGUAGUUUUUAUUUAAGUGCACUGAAGACCUAAAAAAAACCUGAUAGUUGAGGUUCUCACUGUUCAGAGCGGAGCAGUGUGUACUGGCAGGACGUGACUGUUAAAACAUGUCCCAUCGUCGGAAAUUCCCAUAGUCAUCAGUAGCUCACUGGAGCGAUUCAUUCCCGUCUGAUUGGUAGGGGUUUAGCAUGACAGGCUAAUAAGGACUUGGCAAAGCCAGAGCCACAAUUUCAUUCACAUGAAUGUUGGCAACAGCCAUCAGUCGAGACUAAAUACAUUAUUAUUGUGUUUAACGGCAGGGAAAAAAGGGAUGUCUUAAUUGUUGUCACAUUUGAACAGAACUUUGUACGGGCCUGUCUAAAUAGGAGGAAAGUAUUUCUGGAAAAGAGCUAUUUUUGUUGCUGGCUGAAUUAGACGGUUUUGAUCUGGCUUCAAAAUACAAGCUGAGAAAACACCUCACAGCAAGUGCAUAAAACACCAGAGCCCCCUGCUGUUUCCUUUAACAGACUAAUGAAGUCAAUCUAGGUGGAAGUGUUAAUGUUGAUUUCAGCAGUUAAAGCUGAGGUAGGCAGUUUGAUUUAUCUUCAAUGGGCAAAAAUCAAUCAUAUUGUUGUUCAAGUUGUCUGAGAGAAAACUGGACUUCUGCAACUCCUCUUGGCUCUGUUUUCAGGAUUUAGGAAAAAAUGGCCUGUGAUGGGAGACUUGAGCCAAUCACAGGUCAUUUUCAGAGAGAGGGCGUUUCUGUUGGCUGUUCUACAAAUGCAGAUGUGUGUGCACGUCCAUUCAGUGAAAGAGAAUCCUGUAGAGAAAGUUGCUGUUAAAUUAAGCGUUGUCAACAAUUGCCUACACUGCAAAGAAACCAGAAAACAGGAAGACAGACUUAUCAAGAAGAGGGUCUAAAAGAGAGUCUGACAAUUAACCAAAUAAAACUCGUGUCAGUAUCAGCGAAAUGUUUCAGAGAUGGAGAGAAAAUGUUGCUAACAGUUUAGCCUUCUGCUAACUGGAGCUAAAGGCUCAUAUGCACAUUUAUGUAGUUAAUGUUAGCCAGAGUCUGGAAGUACUGGCCCUCGCCUCACUCCCCACCGCCACAGACCACCUUACUGGGAGAAGAGCAGACAGCAGCUUAAGAGACGGCCCCCAGUCAACUGCUGCAGCAACCCAAAUCCAGCCAGCACAAACCCCGACCCUCUGUUAGACCCAGCACUGCUAGCCACUGGCUACCAGCCUGCUGGGCGAGUUUGCAGUGGCUGAAUUCAAGUUGCUGCAGCCACCGACUUAAGGUCUACCUCCCAAGCUGCUGCCACUCUCUUUCCGAGGAAGCAGUCCACACCUGUGGGGUGCAAGGCUGAGAGACCACGGGGUGGCUAGCAGCUACGUCUUGUCCCCUCAAUGUAGGGAAAACACUGGGUCACCAUAUGAAGCCCAUGCAUACCAUGGAUCUAAAACAAAAUUGGAUACAGUGUUGGAGACAGGGCCCCGUUCAUUCCUAUGAAAGUUGUUCAGUGGCAGAUGAAGACCAGAUCUUCCACAUCAGUGGACCCAUAGAGCAAACGCACAAGAGACUUUGUCAACUGAGUGACUAACUUCCGGUUUAGCGCUCCGCUAACUUGAAUGGGAAUUAAAUUAUUUAAUUGUAUGGGUCUUCUCAACUUCUUGAAGUAAUAUCAGACCAAAUGGAUCAAAUCCUGAUGGUGAAACAAGUCAUUUUGGGAGGUGGUUGUGAUGCUCAAAGGUUUACAGAUGUCUCUUUCACAAUAUAAGUCUAUGGGAAAAAGUCCUUUUGGGCACGACAGCAUCGUGACAGACCAGGACGUUGUAGUUACGAUGGGUGCAUUCUGAAUCGAAUACUGCAGCUGCCCUUAAACAGUACAUACUCUUGCAUGCAGUAUGCACACAAUUGGGAUAUAGUACUUUCUCUUAACAUUACGCCCUGAAUGUUGACCCUCUUGCUUUUAUAGAGAAGAAACGCCACUUACCAAGUUGAGUAGAACAUCCUGGUAUUUUUGGCAUACUGCAUUUGACAUAUUAUGUGCUAGGACCUAUUAAAUCUUUCUCUGGCAUAUUAUAUAGUAUGGUAGUAUGGGUAUUGGAAUAUACAGGCUAUGCUAAAUUGUCUGGCAAACUUCUCGGGGGCCUAGUUCAUGUCCCUGUGGUCGUCUGGUGGAAGGGUCUCAGGACAGAGAAAGAGGAGCUGCAGGAGGGUGUAUUUUCAAUUUGUUUCCUGUUCCAGAUUUCUGCCUACCCCAGCUUUAAAUCGACUUAAAAUGUGAAGGAGGGGAAGAAGUUGAAGGAAACAGUCAGAUUAAAGUAGAAACGAUGAGUAUUGUCUAGACUUCAGUGAGAUAAAAUCCUGUUGGUAUGUUUGUUACGUGUGUUAUUAGUCUGUUAUUAGAACCAGUUUUGGUGAGACCCCCUUUAUCAAGUGUAAAACAUUAGUUUCCAGUGGUUUGGUGUCAUACUUACUGUUGUUCGUGGAGCAUGGUAUUCUUUCACUCCCAUGGUUAUGAUCAGAGUUGUGAAUGUGAGAGUAUUGUUGUGUGUCAGUUUAUUUAUCCUAUCGAGUGCACUUUGUCAUAGUUUAGUUGAAAAAGUUACAGGGUGUCCCGCCUACUCUAAAACUGUGCUGCCCCUUUGUGAUGAUAGCAUUUAUGAAACCUGUGAAUUAUAGCAGCCAUAUGCAGUGUGUCAGGAUGAACAAAGGAGGGAUGGAAACACCCAGAAGCUCGACUUUUUACCUGUUCUUUAUUUAUAGUGAUGUACUUAAGCGAUCCCAGUACAUCUCACUUUAACUCAUGUCUGCGGUCCGUUCAACAAAAAGCUCCUCUGAUCACUUUAGUUGUACAGGAUUUCACCCUAAUUUAUUCUUUGUACAACUUUUAUUUAUACAGUCUGUGUAUAUACUGGAUGGUCAGUUAGGAGACUCAGUGUGACUGGAUAUAAAAAAGAACUGCUUCCUUUGUAACCGUCGGUCGCCUGAAGCUCUUUUUGCUUCAGAGAACUGUUAUUUUGAGAUGUCAGUGAAGAAACACCAGUUGAAAUGUGCUGGCAGUUAAAUGUUUGCUUACUGUACAGUGUGUGUGCUUUUUAUAUGGAAGUGAACUAAAACCUCCAACGUCUGAA